CUCACCUAACUUUCAAGUUAGGUUGCCCGUCGCCUCAAUCCCACAAAGAUGCAAGUGUGUGCGGCUCAUUGGAUGUUGGAUUUGAACGCCGCAACUGGCCGUGCGCGCUCUCCAUCUCGAUCGGCGAGUUAGUCAUUCUUACGUCUGCCCCUGCUGGUCGGUCGGUCGUCAAUACAUAGGUACUUCGUACGUACGUCCCAGGUUAGCACUUAGGACGGCAGAGGCGGAUACUUGACCUCUUCAGGCCGACGAAGCGCGCGCGUGUCGCCGCCUUCAUCAAUUGACAACCGCAUUCACGGUUUCCUCUUCCUCUCAUCCGCCCGCCCCAACGACGCCCGCCCGUGCGAUCCUUCUUCACGGUCACAACGCCAGACAGCGAGACGGACCGGGAAGGAAACCCUCUGCUUGCCGACGUCUUUUUUGUCUGCACGCACGCCGACCGAGUCGAGUCAGUCCGAGAGCUGACCCUGUCCCUGACGAGAGGGCCGCCGCCGUGAGACGAUAUAAGUAACCUGCGAGGUUGUGUGCAGGGCUCGCGUGCACCAGCUGCAGGCUCCUUCCCCCCCAAUCUGUCGGUCUCCCCUCCCCCCCGGCCCUGUGUGUCUCUGUACCACGACCCAGAAACAGAAAACAGCCAGCCGCCCGCCAUGGCCAUGCCCAAUGACGUCUGGGAGGAAAUCUCCCAAGACAUCCCCUCCGCCACGGAUCCCUUCGUCCAGCAAUAUCUCGCCGGCCGCGCCACCCUCAUCCAGCAGGAGAAGACGACGCGCUCCGACGCCUCGUUCCGCAAGUCGCUGUCGCCCAUCGCCCGCCGCGCCUGCGCCAUCGUCGACCGCAUCCGCGACCAUGAGCACCGCACCGUCUGGACCCCCGACGUCGAGGAGGACAUGGCCCGCGAGACCGAGCAGUGCGUCUUCCCCGGCAUGAUGUUCAUGAUGGCCAAGGACCGCAUGGAGAGCACCAAGCUCUGGAGCAUCGUCCGCCGCAUGCCCAAGGGCUGCCUCCUGCAUGCCCACAUGGACGCCAUGGUCGACUUUGACUACCUCCUCGACGAGCUCAUGAAGCUGCCCGGCAUCCACAUGGCCAGCGACCAGCCCCUGAUCACCCAAGAGGCCCGCGAGACCGCCGCGCUCAACUUCAGGUACCGCGCCAAGGAACGCGCCGAGGGCUCUGUCUGGGACGCCGGCUACUCUCCCGACACCUUCAUCCGUCUCACCAAGGUGGCCGAUGACUUUCCCGACGGAGGCCGCCCCGGCUUCCUCAAGUGGCUCAAGAGCCGCUGCACGCUGUCCCUCGACGACAGCCAUCAGCAGCACCACGGCAUCGACGCCAUCUGGAAAAAAUUCGUCAAGUGCUUCGUCGUCGUCGCCACCAUUAUACACUACGAGCCCAUGUUUCGCUCCUACCUGCGCCAGCUCAUGAAGCUCCUCAAAGCGGACGGGGUCAACUGGGCCGAGUUGAGAUUCACCUGGCCUCUCGAUUACUGCCGAGACCAGCAGGAAACGCCCGAGCAAGACUACAGCCACAUGUUCCAAGUCAUCGAGCAAGAGGUCAAGCGCUUCAAGGCCUCUCCAGAGGGCCAGGGCUUCUGGGGCAUCACGACCAUCUGGACGACGCUGCGCAGCGUGUCGACCAGACCCAUGAUCGAGAACAUGGACCACUGCAUCACGACAAAGAUGGAGUUCCCCCACCUGAUUGCCGGCUACGACGUUGUCGGCCCGGAGGACUUUGGCAGGCCGCUAGUCGACCUGCUCCCCGAGCUGUUCUGGUUCCGCAAGCAGUGCUCGCAGGAGGGCGUCAACAUUCCCUUCUUCUUUCACGCGGGCGAGACGCUGGGCGACGGGUCGGGCACCGACCAGAACCUCUACGACGCCAUCCUGCUCGGCACGCGGCGCAUCGGGCACGGCUUCAGCCUGUUCAAGCACCCGCUGCUCAUCGACAUGGUCAAGGAGAAGCGCAUCCUUAUCGAGUCGUGCCCCAUCUCCAACGAGGUGCUGCGCCUGUGCGGCUCCGUCACGGCGCACCCGCUGCCCGCGCUGCUCGCCCGCGGCGUGCCCUGCUGUCUCUGCAACGACGAUCCCGCCAUGCUGGGCCAGGACACGGCCGGCAUGUCCCACGACUUCUGGCAGGCGCUGCAGGGCUGGGACAACCUCGGGCUCGCCGGCCUGGGCAGCCUGGCCGAGAACAGCGUCCGCUGGGCGGCGUUUGAGGACGAGGACGCCGCCGCCUGGGCCCAGGGCGUGCGCGAGGCGAGCCUCGGGGGCGGCCUCAAGGCGCAGCGCAUGAAGGAGUGGCAGGUCGAGUGGGAAAAGUUUUGCCUCUGGAUCGUCACUGAGUUUGGCGACGAGUUUGACCCAGAGGGCGAGGACCCGGAUGCCCAAGUCGCUGCCUAGAGGAGCCGCAAAUGUUUUUUCUUUUCAGCUGUGCGUUGCGGACAGGCGCCAUGCGGCGGCGGCACAUGUUGUUCAACACAGGUCUGGAGUAGCACGGCGUGUACAGAGACAAGGGCCAUGUAAAGCAGACCUGCAAGGCAUAUACUGUACUUUGGGGUGUGCUUGGAGGAGGAGGAGGGGGGAGGGGGCAGGGGGCGGUAGAUGCUGACUUGCAUGACUGCCAGCGUGCUUGCUUGUGCGCCUUUGUGUGGUAGUAAGUCAGGGCAGCAGACCGUCAUCAUCGCAUCGCCAGAUAUGAAACCGCCCCCUCAGAUCGAACAUGCCAACAAGCUGGGUGGGAUGCAUACAGGUCCCACCCAGGCAGGCAGGCAGACGCCCCCGUAUCUAGAAGCACAACCAUCUUCGUGCCCCCCUCCCCCUUUUGGCCAUGUUGCAUCGCGACUUAAAAAUGUCAAGCAUCAAUAAAGGAC